GGAAUAAAUUAUUGCGUGAGCGAGCCUUCGUUGUGUGACGUCACGGCCUCAGCGAGGGCGCGCGCGGAAACCAAACAUGGCUGAAAUGGUAGCAGACAGUGACGGGGGUGUACCUGCAUCAGACCCUCCAAAACAACCCCCCAAGCGCCGACGCAUCCUCGACGCGUCCUCCAUCACCACAGCGCCUGUUUACUCCAACAAGGUUAACAGCUCCUUAAAUCUCAAGCCAAUAACCUUCAAACAAACCGCUCUCACAGACGAGGAAAAGGGUUGUCCUCUGUGGUGUCCCUCCCCACCUCGUAUAGAGAGAAAGCCAAUCAGCCUUGAUCUGAGUGGCUCGGAGGAGGAGCCAGAACAGGCUGAAGUUCAGCAGAUCCUCCAUUCCCCCUCUCCACCCCCUUCACCUUGUAGUCUACCAGUGAAACGGAGCAGACGGGCAAACCGAAAAUUACAAGAAAUCAACAGGAAAUUGCACGCAAUUGGCUCUCUGGCGUGUCUCUCACCUGAGCCUCGGGAGCCUGCGGCCGAAAACAGAGACUCUCCAUCUCCCGAGAGUGACGAUGAUGACAUCAUCAUCAUUUCUUCUGACAGCCAAAAGAAACGACGUGCCCAGAAUACUGAGGACAGAGACUCAGCGCGGGAAAUUUCACUAAAAGUUCGCUGUCGAACGGAGUUGUACAAAAUCCCAAUACUCUCUACAGCUCCUUUGAGUAAAGCUGUGGAACAGUUGGCCAGCAAACUCGAUGUGCAACCCAGCCAAAUUCUGUUACUAAAGAAAGAUAUUGAUCUCCCUAUUCACUCGUCCAUCAGUGAGCUGGGGCUCGGGAUAGCUGACAUUAUAGAUUGUGUAGUAACGGAGAAUAAACAAGAAGAGCUCGACAAAAGCAAUGUCAUUACUGUACGACUGCAAGGCAAGGAGAAAGCAUCUGUGCAGGAGUAUUCCCUACAAAAGAAUGCUCCUUUAGGGUCCAUCCUAUCCCAGUACAUCUCUGGUUUGAGCACCAGUGCUAGAUGGAAACCCAAAUUUCUCUUCGAUGGGUCAAGGGUCUCAUAUAAUCAGACCCCAGCUGACCUGGACAUGGAGGACGGGGAUGUCAUUGAAGUCUGGUUGAUGUCAGGAACAGACACCACACCCUUUUUCUCAGAUGAUAAUGAGGGGGAGGGGCCUAUCGACAAUGGGGUGGGAUCACCUCAGCCCGAAGAGAGGAAGGAGUCUGCUAGCGGAGUGUCUGAUAAGAGGGCUAAACUUACUGUGGCUGUGCUCUGCUACAUCAACCUGCUGAACUAUAUGGACCGAUUCACUGUGGCAGGUGUACUUCCAGACAUUGAGCAUUUCUUCAGCAUUAGUGAUGGAACAUCAGGACUACUUCAGACAGUCUUCAUCUGCAGUUACAUGUUCCUGGCUCCUCUGUUUGGAUAUCUGGGAGACCGCUAUAACAGGAAGCUGAUUAUGUGUGUGGGGAUUUUUUUCUGGUCCCUAGUGACAUUAGCCAGUUCCUUCAUUGGAAAAGACCAUUUCUGGGCGUUGUUGUUGACGCGAGGGCUGGUGGGUAUUGGGGAGGCCAGUUACUCCACCAUAGCUCCCACCAUCAUCGCUGACCUUUUCAUCAAGGAGACAAGGACCAACAUGCUGUCCAUUUUCUACUUUGCAAUCCCAGUGGGCAGUGGUCUGGGUUAUAUCGUGGGCUCAAAGGUGGAUGAUGUGGCUGAGGAUUGGCACUGGGCUCUUCGGGUGACCCCUGGUCUGGGGCUGCUGGCUGUGAUCCUCUUGUUUUUUGUAGUUCAGGAGCCGAAGCGGGGUGCGAUCGAAGCUCAUCCAGAGCACACGCUGCACAGAACCAGCUGGCUGGCAGACAUAAAAGCACUCUGCAGGAAUCCAAGUUUUGUUCUGUCCACGUUUGGCUUCACGACUGUGGCCUUUGUGACAGGAUCACUGGCACUGUGGGCCCCUGCCUUUUUAUUCAGAGCGGGUGUCUUCACGGGAGAGAAGCAGCCGUGUUUAAAAGCCCCCUGUGACAACUCUGACAGUCUGAUUUUUGGCAUCGUCACAGUCGUGACGGGUAUCCUGGGAGUAGCGAGUGGUGUGCAAGUGAGCAAGAAGCUGAGGACCAGAACCCCUCGAGCUGAUCCGUUAGUCUGUUCUGCAGGACUCCUCCUCGCUGCCCCCUUUCUCUAUCUGUCCAUCAUGUUUGCUCAGGCUAGCACUGUGGCCACAUAUGUCUUUAUCUUCCUGGGAGAGACAUUCCUGUCUAUGAAUUGGGCCAUUGUUGCUGAUAUCCUUCUGUAUGUUGUGAUCCCCACACGGCGCUCCACAGCAGAAGCCUUUCAGAUUGUACUCUCACACUUGCUGGGCGACGCUAUUAGCCCUUACCUCAUAGGAGUGGUGUCCGACUCGCUAAAGAAAUCAGACUCGUACAUGUGGGAGUUUCGUUCACUUCAGCUGUCCCUCCUGCUGUGCACCUUUGUGGCAGUGGGGGGCGGGGCUUUCUUCCUGGCCACGGCUCUCUUCAUUGAGAAGGACCGGCAUCUGGCAGAGAACUACGUGCCCUCUGAUGAUGCACCAAUUGUUGUUCCAAAGAGAGGGAGGUCCACUAAAGUACCAGUGUCAAGUGUUUUAAUUUGAGAUGUCCCAAGGAUUUGGAUUGCUCUCAGCAAUGGGAACAGCACUGGCCAAAGCAGACAGAGCCAGUGCCUUCAGCAGCCAAUCCUGGGGCACUAAUCACCGAUUGGACUGUCUCCACAAUAGGGAGUUUUACAGUAAUUUAUUAUGCUCAUAUUUUUGUUUAUGUCCUUAACACAUUGAUUUGGGAACAUUCUGAACUAACAAAAAAAACCAGGAAGGUCUUACGUUGAAGUCCUUUGUGCCGUUGACCAUUGGAUGAGUCCUGUGGGAGGAGACAGAAGCACAUGGGAGCACAUGAAACAAUGGUCAUAUGUUGAUGGCAUUUCUUUGCUUUUAAUUGUAACUCAUCGAGCGGUUUUAGAAUUCAUGUAAAUUAUAUUUUAGAUGUUUUUAUCGGAGGGGAUAUUACGUUUUUUGUUGUUGUUUUUUUUAGACUGUUGUCUCAUUUUAACUAAAACCAAGUUAUUCUCAAAAUGCCGCUGCAUUUGUUUUUCUCAAACCUGGACUGUGACUGAUAACCAGCAGAAUCAGACUGAGCUUGGGCAGAACUGAAGUGUGUCUGUGAUCUGCCUUCAGUCUUUCCUCCUGUUUUUUUUUUUUUUUCCUUCUUGCUAACAUUUCAGCUUUUAGUCUUUUAAAAAGUUCCCUGAGACACUAAGGCUACCAUGGCAUGAAUCGCAUAUUAAUUCAUUUGAUUUAUGUUUUUUCAAAACAACAUUGUUACAUAUGUAUGGCAAGGGUAUGUUGGUUCAUAUAUUGGUUGCCUGGUUCAUGGCAUGUUUUAAUGUGCCAGUUUAACUGUAAGAAACCUUUUUUGGUUUUGUUUUUAAAGGAAAACACUUUGUAGUGCAUUCCCUCUGCCGUUGUUGCUUGAGUUUAUUUGCAGUUAUUUCAGUCUAAUCUUGUUUUGUAACUUUUUUUUUAACAUUAAUUGAUUAAAUUGAAUUUAAUCUCA